AUGAAAUGUGAGGUCGCUGGCCCACCUCCGUGUCGGCGAUGUCGCCAAACAAAGACGACUUGUGUGUUCAAGCCUCGUGCUAAUGCUGCGGCUAUCCAUGAACUAGUUGAAGAAUCCCAGAAGGAGUUACGUGCCUCGCAGUCUUCGGUGACCCAGGACCACAACACUAUUCUGAACCGGCUGGAUCGAAUCGAAGCCGCUCUGGGCAUCAGCCAAUAUCUUUAUGAUGAGGCAGCUUCGUCCCCUUCUCAUUCUCAUGAUAUGCAUUAUAUGAGUCCUGAAGCGGAGUUGGAUGAUGUUCCUCUUCAUGGUGUGUGGAAAGCAAUUGCGCACCUGAGAAUUAUUACCCGCCCGCCGCCGGACGAACGUAUAUGGUCUCGACCUCUUGUCAAGCAGUUAUGGAGCUCGUUUCUGAACAAUCUACCGCUUCUUCACUUUCUCACUGACCGUGGCGCUUUUGCUUCUCCGACGCCGUUACUGCUUGCUUCAGUCCUCUAUAUCUCUGCGCUGCACCAUUCAUCAUCGGAGCUUGCGUCAUUAGAGGCGGGGUAUUUUGCAGCGACAUGCAGUGCCAUUGCUGAGCUGGUCAUUCCAUUUCCGCACCCUAAUCUUUCACAUAUGUCGGAGGGUAACUAUGAUGAAUCGGAGCAAGAUCAGCCUCCACCAGCUACAAAGUGCAAGGCAUUUCACAAUAUCCUUGGGUUAAUAAUGGCCAGCCUGAGCUCAGAAGCCUAUAUCGAUGCCACCGGAUCAUGGAUCGCAAUGGCGUACCGUCUCUGGCUGGACCACUGUCCUUCUGAAAUGGAUGAAACAACGGUACAGGACUGGCGUGGCUUGUUUUCUGGUCUCCAAGUAAUUGAUAUAGAGCACGCUUCAAUGCAUAUGUCGUAUCCACUGCUCCCGCGCCAUCCACCAAAUCCAGAUCUCCAACGUCUGGACAGCCACCAGGAAAAUGCCUUUCAAGGUCUUGCGGAAAUGAUGCAUUACGGAAUGAGCCAUUUUGUCGGCCGUGGACUCCCGACGAUAUGGAGUUCUGUCAACGCAGACGUCGCCGACUCCAUGCCCGUAGUUCGAACGCCUUUUACCGAGCAUGAUUCCAAGGUUAUCCGACUUUGGGCGCGCAAGCUUGACGACUGGCUGGUUAGAUAUAAUGGAGCGGUUGAACCAUCUCCGUCAGAUCGACAAGGUAUUCUCAUUCUUCUGCAGUAUCAUUUGCACAAACUCUAUGUGCUUUCCAUAUAUCACCCUGCUCGGGGAUUUGACCUAGGGUCUGCAAAUAUUAGUGCUGGCGAGCGACAUGAGCUACUUGUUUCAGCGCGGGCAGUCCUGAAGCUGCGGCAAGAUGAUGCUAGUAUUUGGUCUAACUGGGAUUUAGUAAUGAUCACCUGGGCAGCCCUUCUACUCCUUCGAGGUGUUGAAGAUGGCAUGACGCAUCCGGAUGACCUCAACCUCAUCCAAGCACACCUACACAGCCUGCAACUAAGUCACCAGUCUGCAGUAAGCAUCCACACCGUUUUAUCUCGCCGUCUCGAAUCCGGAAUUCAAACCAUGCACACGCCACCAGACAGCAGCGCAGCCCUACCUUUCCCGCUCCCAAAUCCCGAGGAUUCAUGGACAAUAUUUGACCAGGAGAUCAUGUCGCUAGCCAAUCCUCCAUGGCUAUUCCAAGACUCAUCUCAACUCACCUCGUCUCACAAAUCUGUAAAUAUGCAACAACCUCCCUCGCAACUGCAGUCUGGAAUCGCACCUGUUCAAUAUGACUCCAGCCUAUUGGUAAACAAUCCCCAAUCUUUUGCGGCGAAUACGCAGUGGAAUGUCGCCGGGCAUAUACAGGGUGCCUUACCGACGACGCUGAACCGGCUUUUUGAGAAUGAGAAUAGUGCACAACAUGGCGGUUCUCUCAUGUAA